AUGCGGAUUGUAUCUUUUGAGCCUUUACUAGGCCAGACUGAUGGCAUACACAACACGAAGCAGAAUCAGGAGACCAAUAAUAUCAUUUAUCAAAAUGAUAAAGUGGUCGUUGCUUCGUCGGUGCCGUCGUUGCUGCAUUUGUAUCGUCCUGUAAGUGCUCCAAGUCUGCGACCUCAGUUCGGAGAGAUUGGCAACAGUAUGACUGGGCGUCGCGAAAAGCGUAAAUCGUCCAGGAGAUGUUGUGGGGUCAAGAGGAUAGAUAAAAGCAAAAAAGAAGCUAAAGAGAUAGUGACACUGAAGGUUAUGCUGCUGUGCUCACUGGACGCGGAACAAGUGGAAGUGGUAGUAGAUGAAGAUUACGACGAGUUGAAAAGAGUAGAGCGCCAGCAAAUGCAGCGAGUUCGACACGAUGCACUACUGUUUGGAACAAGUUGGGAGCAUAUUGCUGGUGGACGGACUAUGCGGUGUCUUCUUGCCGAAAGUUUGGUGGAAGUAGCAUUGUAA